UGAUAUUGAAGAAAGUUGGUGGUCAUCGGUGCCUCGGUGGCAGAGUGUCAUACGACUGUCAGAUUAGCAAAAACUGAACAACAUGAGAUAGUUUGCUAAUCAAACGACUGGAGAUAGCUAAUGCCAAUGCCAUUGUUGUGAAUUCGCCUCUCAACGGGGCAACCGACGGAAGACGCGCUCGUUGAACCAAAUCCCCUUCCCCUUCUUCUUCAACUCUCUCUCUCUCUCUCGCUUAUUUUAAUUUUAUUUAAUUUAGAUACGGGUUCUUGGAAAAUGAGCAUGACCCAGUUCGCCAUGGUUGAGGAAUUGGCUUUUCUUGUUAAGGACAAUCUUCCUUGCAAGCAUCUUGUUCUCUCAGUUGAAGAAGCCUUGGUCAACUUCCUUGAGACUGAUACCAGCUCCUGCGGGAUCCUAGAGUUGGAACCAAUGAAUUCGUACAACCGUCUUCUUAUGCAUCGUCUUGCAGAUAUAUUUGGCUUUUCCCAUGAAUCUGUUGGCGAAGGAGAUGAUCGGCACUUAAUUUUGGAGCGAUGCCCUGAGACUUCAGUACCUUCAAUCCUUGUUAGUGAUAUUUUGGGGCAGUACGAUGAACCUCAAUCUCCAACCACAUCACAUCAAUUAUUAAGGAGAACAGACGCCUCUCCAGUAUCUUUAGUUUCGAAGACACAAUCACCUCUGGUUCCUCAUUCACUUGAGGAGAGAGAAGCAGCGUAUUUGGCUGCUCGUGAGAGAAUAUUUUCAUUGGAUUUAGGAGGGGAAAAAGAACCCGUCAGGCCGAAGCCACGCAGUGUUCCUGUAGUCGCUCGCAGAAUGAUUGCACAUGCUUUAGGCCAAAGAAUCACUUCAUGCAAUCAUGAUACAACUCACAAGGACUCUAGUAGUUCCGAAGGGCAAACUCACGAAUUAAAUAUUGAAGGCAAGGAUAAAACAGAGUCUGAUUCGAGCCUGCAAGGUUAUCAAGAAAUUGUUCACUUGUCUGGCAAAAGUACAAGCUUGUACUCAAAAGAGAGAAAGAAUUACCAUGGUACUGGUGCAUCAUCACCAAGUGACACUAAGGCACCCCAAAAGUUAUCAGAAAAAAUCUCUACUAGCAUUGCUAGAAAUGGAAUGAAUCGGGAACAUUACAAAAGAGAACAUUUAGGAGCUGCAAAGAGGAUGUUUGCUCAUGCCUUGGGGAUGCAAGCAGGGGUUUCAAAGUCCAGUGAGUUAAAGCAAUGACACAUCGUACUGGUUGGAAAAUCCUUUAGCAAAACAUGUCGGUUUCUUCUUGUUUAUAUUUCUGUUGCAAGCGUACACUUCAACGGUAGCCUUCUAGGUCUCCAAUUGCAACCAAACAACGGUUAAUGAGCACCUACUGGUUAGAGCUGUGGCAAUAAUUCGGUAAAGAGAUGUUGUGGCAAAAAUUUCUGACUAUUGCCGCCAGUUCUGCAGUUACAUAGGGAAAACCUUAUACCAAUUGUGGCGGCAAAAAGGCUAUUCUUCACGUGACAAAAAGUGGAAUUAGCAGUUAACAUAUGUUUUGAAUCAUGUGGCGCAUUGGAUUGGCUUAUGAUGAUAUUUGCUUUAAGUCGAGCAUGCAAGGGUUCAACUUCAGAGGGAAUCCAAACAAAAUCUGUCUGUUCAUGUUCAAAUGUGGCGAUUGGUGUGUGAGUAGACACAAUUCAACUCUCAUCUGCCUCUCAAAUGCCCAUGUACUUGUUAUAUAUUUAGCGAUUUAAUUAUCUGAUCCUUGCCUAGUGCUAGAUUUUGCGUGUUAUGUUUUGCUCCUUUUCUUUUUCUGGCGCACAUGACAUUUGCUUCAAAAGAAAGGAGGUGAUGUGUUAAUGUGUAUGUAUGGAAUGAGCAUCUUGAGGAGCCUCUCGAACAAUCUUAUGUCCAUGAUAUGCAACUUUUUUUUUC